UAGAGAGAAACACCGACUGUGAUAAGAAACGUUACAUAUGUAGAUAAUUAGGUAGGUACGUUAGGUACAGCAACUGAAUGCAAAACAUCGUCACAGUUGAAAAAAAUACUUCAAUCUAUCCAAUAUGUCUUCUGCGUUUCCUAAAGAUUUUUUAUUCGCGACAGCUACCUCAGCAUAUCAAGUUGAAGGAGCAUGGAAUGAAGAUGGAAAAGGAGAAAAUAUGUGGGAUCGACUAAUUCAUUCAAAACCUGACAAGAUCAAGAAUCAGGAUACUGCAGAUGUCGCCUGUGACUCUUAUCAUCUCUACAAAGAAGAUGUCAAGUUGGUGAAAGAUGCUGGGUUUGAUAUCUACCGAUUUUCCAUAAGUUGGACUCGCAUACUACCAAAUGGGGAGAUUACUUCGAUCAAUCAAAAAGGAAUUAAUUAUUACCACAAUCUAAUAGAUGAACUGUUGAAAAAUGACAUUCAGCCGAUGGUAACCAUGUAUCAUUGGGAUUUACCUCAAAAAUUGCAAGACAUCGGAGGUUGGGUCAACCCAUUGAUCGUCGAUUACAUGGAAGAUUAUGCUGAUUUACUUUUUCAACUUUACGGGGAUAAAGUGAAAUGGUGGAUCACCAUAAAUGAACCAUUUCGAGUAGGAGAAGGUUAUGAAAAAGACAGAUGGGCACCUGCAAUAAAUUCAGAAUCGUCGAAAAUGUAUAACGUGAUGCAUAACACUUUGAGAGCACAUGGCAGAAUAUUUCGAUUAUACGAUGAAAAAUAUCGUUCCAAACAAAAUGGAAAACUGAGCCUUUGUGUGGACAGCCAUCAUUAUGAGGGGAAAACAAAGUCUAAAGAAGAUAUUGACGCAGCAAACAGAGCAUAUCAAUUUCAGCUAGAUAUAUUCACUCACCCAAUCUACAGCAAAGAAGGUGGGUAUCCGAAAAUUGUACGCGAGAUGGUUGAUGAAAUAAGUAGAAGAGAGGGUCGAAAACGAUCUAAAUUACCGACAUUCACAGAAGAUGAAAUUCAAUCAUUGAAAGGAGCGAAUGAUUUUUUCUCUUUCAAUCAUUAUUCGACGAAAUUAUGCACAACCAAAUAUUUACCUAAUAGUAAUGAACUACUUAGACCUACUGGAAUAUUUUAUGAUGAUAUGAAUGUGAAACACUCAGAUGACCCACAAUGGCCCUCGAGUAAACUUUUUUGGCUGAAGGUGGUUCCUUACGGAUUACGAGAAAUACUUAGAUAUAUCAAAAAUACUUGUAACAAUCCUCCAGUAUUCAUCGCCGAAAAUGGAUAUUGCGAUGAUGGCGAGUUGGAUGAUAAGGAAAGAGUUUUCUAUUAUAGAGAGUAUUUGAAGGAAGUCUUGAAUGCGAUGAAUAACUACCAAUGUGACGUUAUAGGAUACACAGCAUUUUCUCUUUUGGAUAAUUUCGAAUGGUCGUCAGGAUAUGACCCGAAGUUUGGUAUCGUACAUGUGGAUUUCAACGACGAAAAAAGGAAACGAACGCCGAAAUCAAGCUAUAAUUUUUUAAAACGUCUGAUUAAAAAUAGAACGAUACCAGCUGAUCAAUGAUAUCAAUAUUAAUAAGUUCUGCAUUUUUUUGUUUUCAAAUUCUGUUAUUGGUCAUUAAAUCAUUUAUCUACUA